AAUUCUUUGCGAUAGCAUGUUUUUAUCUUUUCUCUUGAGCCAUUUAUAGAAGAGCGUAACAGGGCAUAGUUCUCUUUAAGUAAUUCAUCAUUAUUAGUUCGUAUAUUUUUUGUCUAGCCGGUAAACGCCAGCUUUUGCACUCAUUUUGCACCCCCGCGUAAAAGAAAUGAGCUAAUCGUGCAAUGCUCUGGAGCGUCUUCACUGCGAGAGUGAGUUUAGUCAUACAAAAAUUGCGCCACUUUCGAAGCCAAGUACCCGUACGGCUGACUAUUAUCAGCAGCGUGCACAUGGUGUUGACAUUUCUGGGAAGGGGAGCAGUAAUAUACAUAUGUACAUUUUUAUAUAUUAAUAUAAAUUUAGCUGGGUGUGUGUAUAUUUCUAAGAAAUACAAUAGUAUGUGUCAUAUUUGCCCGCCAAGACACUUACGCACCUUGUGCAUACUUACAUAUGUACAUACAUAUAUGAAAAAUGCAGGGAUUUUCUAGUUUGGGUAUUCUCACACCUUGCACAUAAAUUUUAUUUAUUUAAGAUUAGAAUUUUAUGACCUUUUCUCGUAUAAAAAUUUUUUAAUGCACGACUUGAAAGCUCUUAAAGGUGAUAUCACACAAAUCUAUGAUGGAGAAUGCAGGCAUAGCGGAGAGUUUAGUGGAGAUUGCAUAGCGUCAUAAUAUUAUUACUUGUGCGUAAUAGCGUAAUAAUAUUAUUACUUUUAGCUUAUUGCUAACUGUAAUCAAGUUUUUCAAUGCCCACAUAUGUAAAAAAUGAAAAAAAAAACACGUGGCCAAGUAAAUCAUACAUUUAUCGCAAUUACUUUUUUGGUUUGUUGUAUGUUUUUAAUUAUCAUAAUAAACUAAUCAAAUAAUUACAUUUCAAUUGAACACCUGCAAAUUGAAGAGUAAUAUACAUUUUGAGAGGCUAGUGGACUUUGAGCAAGACUAACGAACUUUAAGAAAACUAACGAACUUUGAACCAAUGCAUCUCUAAUGAGAAUAUAAAAAUGAAAAUUUAAUUAAAAAAUCAAUGCGUAAACAUUUUUUUAUUUGUCUACUAUGCAUUUUGUUAAAAUUAAAUUAAAAUUUAAUUUUAUAAUUCUGGAUUCGAUACACUUUUUAGUCUUUGAAGCCAUUUCUUUCUAAUUUAUUAAAUUAUAAAAUGGCAAAUUGAUUAGAAAAAUAAUUUAAAGGUAGCAUUUACGAGUAACAACAACGCGAGGGCUUGCCUUCUGAUCUGAAAUAUAUAAACAUUUCAAUAUGUAUAAGUAUUUGCAUACGGCGACUACUGUGCAAUAUAUUAUUGUGCGAAACUGGGCCACACAGCUGUGCAAAAUUAAACAAGAGUAGAAUUUCAAUUUACAUUAGGAAGCAUUUAGCCAUAAGCGUACGCUCUCACGCAUUUCAAAGUAGUGACGCUCUACUUGAGCGCUUUUAGGUUAACUUAUUGAGUGCCGGCUAUGCUUAGAAACACUCAAAGCGUUAAUAUUAUAUGACAGAAAAAUGCCUCCCUUUGAUGCUUUGCCACGAAAGCACUGCACCACCCCUGAAAUGCUACUCACUACUAGAGUUUAGUUAGUUGAACGGCAGGCGACAACGUGUGUGCUUAACAGUAUAGCUGAAUGGCUGGCAAAUUUAAGGAAAAAAUACUAUCGAAAACAAAGUGCAUAAGUUGAAUGAAAAUUUCAGCGAAAUAGCGGUUUAAUUAAGAAACUACAAACCAAAUAAUUUACUACAUAAUAAUAUAUCAAAAAGUAGGAAAAACACGUGAAACCCGCAGACUAAAAGAUUAUUGGGCGAGAGUUUGAAAAAAAUCGAUUUUUGUGCGUGAGCAAGACACGGACAAAGUGCGCGCAAGGCGGCGAAGCUUUUUAAAAAUACAUACUUUUCACACAUACGCGCACACAAAAACAAAGAGACGCACGUAAACACAAGCCAAUUGCAUUUUAAUAGCGGAAUUUCGGAAACUAUACCAAAACUGUGUUAUAAUUAAGAAUGGAGACAGAAAAUAUACGCUUCAAACCGCUGCCUCAAGCCCCCCGCUGCGGUAGUCACAGCGCCGAUGAAUGCAGAAAUAACAACUGCAGCGGUAAACUCGGCGACGCCAACGGACCGGUCGCUGCGCCCGCCACUGUGCUGCUGGAUAAGCGCUUCUCGCGGCAAGUGCAGGGUGUGUAUCCGCAGAGACGUCAGGACGUGCUGAAGUGGUACGGCUGGGGCUACAAAGAUUCACAGUUCUUUGUGGACAAUGGCAUCAUCGGCUUCAAGGGUGACAAAUAUCCACUUGAAGGCUGCAUGUUGCCCUACUUCACCGAAUGGGUUUACGGUAAAUUCAAUUUACGUAUCGAGAAAAAUAUACCGUCUCCGAAAAUGCCUACCGAGUUUCCAGCUCCCACCGUGAAUGCGCCCUUCUUGCGUGAACUCGAGGCGACAAAGCUGACAAGCUCGCAGUCUGGUGAGGAUCGUCUCAUUCGUUGUCACGGCCAGACGCUGCAUGAUAUCUACAAUCUUUGGCGCAAUGAAUUUAAACGUAUUCCCGACAUAGUCGUCUGGCCGCACAGUCAUGAGGAUGUGGUGCGGCUUGUGGCGCUCGCCAAUAAGUAUAAUGUUGUGAUUAUACCUUAUGGCGGUGGCACCUCUGUCUCUGGCUCAAUUACAUGUCCGCAAGGUGAGCAACGUAUGAUCUGCGUGUUGGAUACGUCACAGAUGAAUGGCAUGCUGUGGCUGAACAAAGCUAAUUUGACUGUGUGCUUUGAGGCGGGCAUUGUGGGACAGGAUUUGGAGCGUGAAUUGCAUAAGCUCGGAUUGACGGUGGGUCAUGAACCGGACAGUUAUGAGUUCUCCACACUCGGUGGUUGGGUGGCGACACGCGCCUCCGGCAUGAAGAAGAACGUCUAUGGCAAUAUUGAGGAUUUGGUGGUGCGUGUGCGUAUGGUUACCGCGUCUGGUGAGGUGCUGGAGCGUGAGUGCAUGGCGCCGCGUGUAUCAUGCGGUCCGGAUUUCAACCAUGUGAUAAUGGGCUCCGAGGGCACACUGGGCGUGGUAACUGAGGUGGUACUGAAAGUGCGACCACUACCCGCCGUUAAACGUUAUGGCUCACUCGUUUUUCCCGAUUUCGAGAGCGGUGUGCAAUUUAUGCGAGAAGUUGCUCGCCGCCGCUGCCAACCGGCAUCAGUACGGCUAAUGGAUAACGAACAAUUCAUUAUGGGGCAAACACUGAAGCCAGUAAGAGGAUGGUUGGCUGGUUUGGUUGAUUCAUUGAAGAAAACCUACAUCACGACUUGGAAGGGAUUGGAUUUAACGAAAAUGUGUGCGGCAACUUUGUUAUUUGAGGGUAAUGAGGAAGAUGUGCGACGAGAGGAGGCGCUCAUUUAUCAGAUUGCUAAGCAGUUUAAAGGAUUUCCGGCAGGUGGUGAAAAUGGCGAACGUGGCUACAUACUAACAUUCGUCAUAGCGUACAUAAGGGAUUUCGCAUUGAAGCAAGAAAUCGUUGCAGAGUCCUUUGAGACAUCUGUGCCAUGGGACCGCUGCAGUACGUUGUGUCGGAAUGUAAAACGCCGUUUGGAAGCGGAAUGUCACAAGCGUAGUAUUAAAAACGUCAUCAUAUCCUGUCGCGUAACACAGACCUAUGAUGCUGGCGCCUGCGUUUACUUCUACUUCGGCUUUAGGCAUACCGGCAUUGCCGAUCCUGUCGACACAUUCGAACAGAUUGAGAUGAGUGCGCGCGACGAGAUACUCGCCUCGGGCGGCUCGCUGUCACAUCACCAUGGUGUUGGUAAAAUACGCAGCAAAUGGUACCAGAGUAUUGUUUCCAAAUCCGGCAGUGCACUGUAUCUGGCGGCGAAAAGACAACUCGACCCGAAAAAUAUUUUCGCGGCUGGAAAUUUGCUGACCGAGGAGCAGUGGCUGGAGGAGAGCAAAAAGUGUGGCGAAAAAGUGGCGCCGCAACAAACCACCGUUGAGUCAAGUUCAUUAGUUAAGGCGAAACUAUAAAGUUCGAAAAACCAACUAAAUAACACCACUGAUAAGAGACAUUAGUUUAAUGUUGGCUUUAGUAAAAUAUAGUGGAAUUAACUCAUUUUUUACUUUUGUAUUAGCGCUAGUUUAGCAUGAGUAUUGUUGUACAUUAACUUAAUUUGCUUACUUAAUUAUUUAAUUAUUUAAUGUUUUGUUUAAGAACUUCAAUUCUGUCUUAUUGUAUGGAAUACACUGUUAUAAUGGGUGAUUUUCUAAUUCAAAACGUAUGGUUCAUACUUAUUACACUAGUUUACAUAAACUAAUUUUUAUUAUUCGUCUUCACUUGCAUAUUGAACGAUUACUCGUAUAUGCACGAUAAGAUAAGAAAAGGUGUUUGAAGUUUUCUAGUACGGAAAAAAUAUAAAAAUAUACCUGCUAUAAAAA